GUCUGUCACUGCCGGAGGAGAAUCUCUGUCCUGAGCAGGCGUUCAGGGCUCCAUCCAUCAAACAGCUACUGAGAAGACAUAAAUGAACGGGGUGGAUGCAACUGGAGCUCAGUAGUGUCUGUCGGGAGCCAUGACUGCCUUUUGCCUCACCGUUUUGCUUUUAGCAGCGGUCUCCGCGGCCGGGUCCUCCCUCGAGCGGACUAAAAGAGGAGUGCUGGAGCUGGGGGGCAUCAUCAGAUGCACCAUGCAGAGAUCAGCUUUCUCUUAUAUGUGGUACGGCUGCUACUGUGGAACGGGGGGCAGCGGAAACCCUGUAGACCAGACCGACAAGUGCUGCCACAAGCAUGACUGCUGCUACAACAAGGCGGAAAAGGAGGGCUGCAAGCCCAAAACGGACCGCUACAAAUGGACGUGUGAAGACAACAUGGCGAUCUGCGAUGGUUUGACGGACGAGUGUGAGAAGAUUUUGUGCGAGUGUGACCGAGAGUUCGGCGACUGCCUGAAAAAUGCACGUUACCGUUGGAUAUACACCAUUUGGCCCAAUGUCUUUUGCAGCGACGAGAAAAAAUCCUGUGAUUGAUCUGGUGCCAAAAGGAUCCUGGUUGUCAAUAAACAUCCUUA